GCGGCUGCUAUAGUAUGACGGGACAGGGAGUAGGAUGUACAGCGCAUCUACAGCAGGAAACCUCUUCGCUACUUUCAGAUAUCUGCAGCAUCGGCCACAUAUGUGUCGCGCACUAGCGAAUCGCAUUCCUCAGAAAAAUGGCCGGUUCCGAGGACAGUGGCAGAGAUACAGUAUCAUGCUCUAGUGUCUGUGUUGACGGUGCGGGGCAACGUCAUCUCUCCGCGCCAGGAAGCUACGGGUACCGGGCAGGCACAGAAAGGCGGGGCACCCCGGAUCCCGGGAGGAUGGAGCCGCAGUUCUUCAUAGGGGGUCCUGUCGCUGUCGGUGGGGGCAUUGUUGGAGAUUGGGAGGAAAGAGGAGGGGAUGAAGAGUAUGGCGAGGCAGAGGAUGAUGCUGAGGUACAGCAGGAAUGUCUGCAGAAAUUGUCCAGCCGUGACUACAUCAUGGAACCUGCUAUAUUUAACACCUUAAAGAGGUAUUUCCAGGCAGGAGGAUCUCCAGAGAAUGUUAUUCAACUUCUGUCAGAGAGCUACACUGCAGUGGCACAGACUGUGAAUUUGUUGGCAGAAUGGCUUAUCCAUUCAGGUGUGGAACCUGUGCAAGUGCAGGAGACUGUGGAAAACCACCUGAAAAGCUUGCUGAUUAAACACUUUGACCCUCGAAAAGCAGAUUCCAUCUUCACUGAGGAAGGAGAGACUCCGGCCUGGCUGGAGCAGAUGAUUGCGCAUACCACAUGGAGAGAUCUUUUUUACAAGCUCGCAGAGGCUCAUCCAGACUGCCUGAUGUUGAACUUCACUGUGAAGCUAAUUUCGGAUGCCGGAUAUCAAGGAGAAAUCACCAGCGUCUCAACAGCUUGUCAGCAGCUGGAGGUGUUUUCCAGGGUGCUCCGUACCUCUCUUGCCACCAUCCUGGAUGGAGGAGAGGAGAAUCUUGAAAAAAACUUGCCAGAGUUUGCCAAAAUGGUCUGCCAUGGGGAGCACACAUACUUGUUUGCUCAAUCAAUCAUGUCUAUAUUGGCGCAGGAGGAGCAGGGAGGAUCUGCCAUGCGCAGGAUUGCACAGGAGGUGCAAAGAUUUGCUCAUGAAAAGGGCCAUGAUGCCAGUCAAAUUACUCUUGCACUGAGUACUGCCGCAUCCUACCCUCGGGCGUGUCAAGCACUUGGAGCUAUGUUGUCCAAAGGAGCUUUAAACCCAGCAGACAUUACUGUGUUGUUCAAGAUGUUUACAAGCAUGGACUCUCCCCCCGUGGAGCUGAUCCGUGUUCCUGCCUUCUUGGAUCUUUUCAUGCAGUCCCUCUUUAAACCGGGUGCCAAGAUAAACCAAGACCACAAACACAAAUACAUCCACAUCUUGGCCUAUGCAUCCAGUGUGGUGGAGACUUGGAAGAAGAAUAAGAGAGUGAAUAUUAACAAGGAUGAACUGAAAUCCACAUCCAAGGCGGUGGAGACUGUCCAUAACCUGUGCUGUAAUGAAAACAAAGGAGCAUCAGAGCUUGUUGCUGAACUCAGCACCUUGUAUCAGUGUAUCAGGUUCCCAGUUGUGGCUAUGGGUGUUUUAAAGUGGGUGGAUUGGACAGUGUCAGAGCCCCGUUAUUUCCAGUUACAGACGGAUCACACGCCUGUACAUCUGGCCUUGCUGGAUGAGAUCAGUACUUGUCAUCAGCUUCUACAUCCGCAGGUACUGCAACUGCUUAUUAAACUCUUUGAAACAGAGCACUCACAGCUGGAUGUUAUGGAGCAGUUGGAACUAAAGAAGACUUUGCUGGACAGAAUGGUUCACUUAUUGAGCCGAGGUUAUGUUUUGCCCGUUGUCACUUACAUCCGCAAGUGCUUGGAGAAACUUGACACAGACAUCUCUCUCAUACGAUACUUUGUAACAGAGGUCCUGGAUGUCAUCGCUCCACCCUACACCUCAGAUUUUGUGCAACUGUUUCUUCCCAUCCUAGAGAAUGAAAGUAUAGCUGGCACCAUUAAGACGGAAGGAGAACAUGACCCUGUAACAGAAUUUAUAGCUCAUUGCAAAUCCAAAUUCAUUAUGAUAAACUGAGCGGCUGCUGAAAGGAGCCAUACCCUGGACCCCAACUGAGAGGCAUAUUCUCGUCUGUGCGGUUUCUCCCAGCUAGAACCUGUGUAUAUAAACGUCUUGCUUUGUGACUUGUACUUUUUUUAGUCUGAUUUUGUUUAAAUAUUUGUUAUGGUUGUUUUUUUAAACAAAUACAAAAUGUUAUUUUAAAAA